AUGGAUUUCGGCGAUGAGGGACCGAUGAUGGGCGGAGGCGGCGGAGGAGUUGAGGGGAUGGAGCGCGAGAAUCUGAUGCUCGGCGCGCUCACCGUGCUCGGCAACCUGAUCAACCCGUCGGCCGAUGCUGGUGGGGUUGCGGUGGCCCGGGGUGUCCCGCAGCGAUCAUCGCCGAUCGUCGACAACUCCAGGGUGUCGCUGGCCGAGGCGACGGGCGGCGGAUUCUACAAGGGCCGUGGAAAUAGC